CAAGGAAAAGGAAGGAGAUGGUCCUCAAGUCAUUCUUGUGGAGUUUUACAUUCAUUUGCACACCAAGAAAAGCUUCAAAAGGCUGUCAGUUCCUUUGCUUGGUCCAGAAGGUGGGAUUGUUCCCUUUGGAAGCAAAUUCAGAAUCAUGGGUCCAAAUUUACUGGCAAGUCUUGCUGACCGAUAUUGGAGCCCUCGCAGAGUUGCAUGUCGCAUGCUACAACAUGCUUAG